AUGUCUGACGAAAGUGUGAUAAGAACUCGACCGAGUGUGUUUGAUGCACAAUUACAACUGGCAAAAUUGAAACCAAUUGGCGAAAAUCACCGUAUAUCAGAACACAGAUCAAGUAGACCAUCACUAACUUUUGACAUUCAUCCUCAUUCAUCGGACUUAAAUACACCGACAGCACCGGAAAAUGUUUUUAGUUCCACGGUUCGUGAAGCUGCUUUUCGUUUUCUCCAUCUAACUUCCAUUUCAAAUUCUGCUACUUCAUCCACACCAUCCAGACGUAAUUUGUACAGACACAUCACAGCACGUAUCAAUACAGGUUUACAUCAUGAUUCCUUAAUUGUUGAUCGUCGUCGUUUGCCUACUUAUCAGUUGAAACCAACAUAUAAAAUUAAUUAUGAUGAAUUAAAAUUAGAGUUGGAAAAUAGUGAACUAAAGCAGCAAGUAGAACGAAUGCAUUAUAAUCAAGCAAAUAUUCAAGCUCAAACAACAACUUUGAUUAAUUCAGUACGAACAAAAGUAAAAUCGUUUCUAACAGCAAACGAUGAAGAGCGAUAUAAAGUCAUUGUGCAAGCAAUCAUUUAUCAAAAUUCAAGUAAAAGUAUGACGUGUGCAUCAAGAUGUCUAUGGAAUAAAGAAACAGAUAAUUCGAUUACACUGAAAAUGUACGGUGUUGAUUGUGAACGUAUUCACAGUCAUAUUGCAUCUGCCAUCAUUCCAACAGGUUCAAUUGUUUCUGUUCCAGCGGUAGAUAAACUUUUUCCACAACAAAAAUCAAAAGGCAAAGAAGAAUGGGGUCUUUUUGCAUCCAUAUUAUUGAGAGCAUCGCUCACAAGUAGUCUGCUAACGUCACAGGAUUUAGAAAGAAAAGGAUUAUCUGUUGGUCAUCAUAUUAAAGGUUCUAAGGAACAAAGUAAUGUUGAAGCACACGUCCAUAAACAGCUACGAAGAGCACUAGAUCCAGAACCGUUGUAUGCGUCCGUUGUAAAAUCUACAACAACUCGCUCUGACUCGUUAUCUAACGCUGAACGUCGAGCCACGGGUUGUAUCAUCAAUGACGGUAUAAAAUACACAUCUGCUACUAACAUUAGGUCAAUUCAGUUAUCUGGAGAUAUUAACAAUGCCGUAACCACGUUAGCGAAAAUCACACCAGUUUUAAGGCCAAAUCAAGCACUUACGGAAGAACUGUCAUUGGUCGACGAAAACGGUUUAACACUAUCCACUGUUGUAGUAGCUCAACAGCCGGCUUUCAAUUUGACGAGUGGUGUUCCACUAAAUGAAUUAACAACCAGUCACAAAGUUUCAUCGUCAACAGUGGAAUUUGAACAGCUUUUAGAAACAAGAUCAAGUACAAAAUCUUCACUUGAUAUUCAGGGUAGUGGAAAAUUCUUAACAGUCACAUUCAAAGAACCGGUACAUGAUACGAUUGAGGUGGAAAAGAGAUCUCUAUCCAAAAAGUCACCACAAUCAUCAUUAUUUUAUACUCCAUUGACUGAAUUUUUCGUACCAGAUGAUUCUAUGCUAGAUAGAAUAGUUAUCCCACCACCACAAGAAUAUCAACCGGAUAUUGAUGAACUAGGAAGAAAAUAUAAUGAUCAAAUGGAACAAAAUACACUGUUAAAUGAACAAGUUCAUACAUUACAACAAUCAAAUGACGAGCAACGACGAUGUUAUGAUGAUUUAUUUAAUCUUUUACAAGAUUCUCAAAAGGCUCCUCAGCAACAUUUAACCAAUCUUUUACCACAAUUCGGACGAGAACAAAUUCGUGAUCUUGACGAUUUAAAUAAAACAUUGCAAAGUCGCUGUAUACAACUUGAAAAAGAAUUAUAUGAAAUAAGAGAGAAAAAUUCAGAUCAAAAUCAAGUAGACAUAUACGAACUUAAAAAUGAAAAUUAUUAUUUAAGAGAUUAUGUACAUCGUUUAAAUGCAGCGUUAAGCGACUAUCAAACACAACAUCUACCAAUUUCUUAUAAAAAAGAACUGGAAAAAGAGCGAAAGAAGUUAAUGCAAAUAGGAUUACCUAUGAAAGGACCGACUCCGAGUUGGCUGUUAAACCAGAAGUUUCUUGCUCCAUUAUUUUUGUGUUACGAUGAAAAACUAUAUGAAAAAGAUGAAUUUAUUAAAAAAUUACAGACUCAAUUAUAUGAUCUGUCUAAUCAAGUGAAAGUUAUUUCACAAGAAAAUUUGGUUAUGCAUGAAAAAUUAUCUAAAUCAACAAUAAACGAUGAAACUCAUCUAUCAGAUGUAGAUCAUAUUAAGCAACAAGCAUAUCUCGUACUGGAAGAAAAUAAAAUUUUACAAGAGCAACUUGACUUACAAACAAAUCAUUUAAGGGAUGUACAAAAAUCACAGAUACAGGAGGUGUCAAAAUUAACAAAACAUUUGUUGUUAGUCGAAAGUGAACGAACAGAAACAGAUAAAAACAUUGAAUAUGUGCGGUUGAAAAAUCAAUAUUUAACUCGACGAUAUGAACAAUUAAUGUUUGACAGUGAUCACCAUAUUAAUGUUGAAGAACAUAUCAAAGAAAUAAGCGAAAUGAAACGUUUAACAGAUGAAUUAAGUGAAAAACAUGCGUUAGAAAUGCAUUUAUUAUUGAAACGUGUUCAAGAUGCUGAAACAUCAAAAAAAGUUAGAACAUACAAAUUAACCGAUAGUAAAAGUGAAAAUGAACGAUUAAAAGGAGAAAUAAGAACAUUGGAAAAAGUUAAUAAGAAAUUUCAACUUCGAAUACAAAAUUUUGAAAAGAAAUUGGAAAUACAACAAAUUAAAGAACAAAAAGCAUUAGUACUAUUAGCAAAAGUAACGGAUGAAGUCGACCAAAUAAGACUUGAGCGUGAUACGUACCAUUCAAUGGUAAAAAUGAUAGAAGAAGACAUGAACACAAAUCAAACACGUAUCCUAGAUGAAUCAGUUAAAUUAGUAUUAUUAGACGAAAACUUAGAGACUUGCAAAGGAAAACCAACAGAAAAAGUGACUGAAGUACAAGAACAAAUGAAAAAGCAACAUGAAAACUUGAAACUUCGCAAUUUAGAACAGGAACAACGAAUUCAACAAUUAUCAUCGUUAUUAAAUGAGAAACAACUGUUAAUGGACAAUUUAUAUUCUGAGAAAAGAAAUUUAGAAGCUGAUUUAGAAACUGUAUGGCAAACAACGAUGACCGAUGUUUAUGUGUGA